GUAACUCCUCUGCUGGAAAGAGUGGCGAAGCCGAGCAUAAGCAACAAACUUCUCGCGCACUUCUUCGCACUUUCACAGUCGUGCUCGUGCGGGUGAGUUUGAAGCGGAUCAGGGUUAGAGCGGGUGCGCGUUCAAGCUGCGCGAGAGGGCGUUUCACGAGGGAUUCCAUUUCAGCGAAGAGGGGGGGAGGAAGAAAGAAAAAAAAAAAGCAAAAAAAAGCGCUGGUCUGUGGUUGGCGGUGAAGCUGGUCAGGCGGGUAUUCCACGAACGCGUUUCUAGGAGCCAGGUAUGUCCCGGUGUACCGGGAACUCUCGCGCUGAGCGCACUAACACAGGUGUGUUCUGAUUGAAACAUUCGUACAGGAGCCGGGAGCACACUGGGAUUUGUGUGGGUUGUAGUGCUGUUCUCAUUCACAUAGUGUUUAUUUAUAUCAGGCGGAUUUAUGCAUUCUUUUUAGUUUGUUGUUGUGUUUAAAACGCAUGGAAUUGUCUUUACUGUACUGAAACAGCGAUGUAGAGCGCGCGCUUCGGCUCGAGUUUGCUUGGGUGUAAAAGCGAUUUACGUGUGAAAACACCGCACUAACUAGGAUCCCGAGCACCGUCCCUCCCUGCUUCUUUACUUUAUUUAUUUCUUAACUCCCAGCAGCGUCGACGGUCAAACUUUUGCUUAUUUAUUUAUUUAUUUUUUUGGAAACCGGAUAAGCAAUGGAAAUCGCGAGCUCGAGCGCCGCACCACAGCCGGCACGCGCGUGCUGAGCUCGAGCACAUCCUGGAGGACCAACAGAGACUGGCGCGCGGGACGAGGAAUUGUCUUUACUAAAAACAAAAAUAAUAAUAAAAAGAAACCCCGAGUAUGUCUAAGACGCUGAAGAAGAAGAAGCACUGGUCGAAUAAAGUGCAGGAGUACGCGGUGUCCUGGGGCGGCGGAGAGCUGAGCUCCGUGCUGGAGAUCCGCGGCGGCGCCGAGCACGGAGAGUUUCCGUACAUGAGCCACGGAUCGUCGUUGUCUUCUUCGGCGGCGCUGCGGUGGCACGCGGGCAGAGCGCCGAGUCCUGGAGACGUGCUCCUCGAGGUGAACGGCACGCCCGUGAGCGGCCUCACGCACCGCGACACACUCGCCGUCAUCCGCCACUUCCGGGAGCCCGUGCGCCUCAAGACCGUCAAACCGGGUAAGGUGUUAAACACGGACCUGCGCCACUACCUCAGCCUGCAGUUCCAGAAAGGCUCCUUGGACCACAAGCUCCAGCAAGUGAUACGAGACAACCUGUACCUCCGUACCAUCCCCUGUACCACAAGACAGCCGCGGGAGGGGGAGGUUCCCGGCGUGGACUACAACUUCAUCAGUGUGGAGGAGUUUUGUGUUCUGGAGGAAAGCGGGCUGCUACUGGAGAGCGGAACCUACGAUGGUAACUAUUACGGCACCCCCAAACCCCCGGCCGAGCCUAGCCCCGUGCAGCCCGACGUGGUGGACCAGGUGCUGUUCGACGAGGAGUUUGAAACCGAGGUGCAACGCAAACGGACCACCUCGGUCAGCAAGAUGGAGAGGAAGGACAGCGCGGCGCCUGAGGAAGAAGAAGAGGAGGAGAGGCCGUCACUUGUGAAUGGACUUACAGAGCAUAAGGAAGCCACCGAUUGGAGGAAGACCGUACCGAGCUACACGCAUCCCGGCAGUGCCAUGGACCUCGGGGCCUGGAGCAUGCUGCCUGGGGACGAGAGUCAGGAGACCCUGCCCAAGAACUGGGAGAUGGCCUACACUGAAACGGGCAUGGUCUACUUCAUAGAUCAUAACACAAAGACUACAACCUGGCUGGACCCGCGGCUGGCUAAGAAAGCAAAACCUCCUGAGAAGUGUGACGAGGGAGAGCUGCCGUACGGCUGGGAGAAGAUCGAGGACCCGCAGUAUGGCACGUACUAUGUGGACCACAUCAAUCAGAAGACACAGUUCGAGAACCCUGUGAUGGAAGCCAAGAAGAAAAACACCCAGGAGGCACCGAUGGCGAGCCAGCCAGGAGUCCCACCCUCAGAGGAUGGCUCUCUGAAGGCUUUCACACGAGACCCGUCACAGCUACACGGAACGAUGUUGCGCACCGCCCUGAGGAAGAGCACGCAGGGAUUCGGCUUCACCAUCAUCGGCGGAGACAGACCGGACGAGUUCCUGCAGGUGAAGAACGUGCUGAGGGACGGCCCCGCGGCGCAGGACAACAAGAUCGCCCCUGGCGACGUGAUCGUAGACAUCAACGGCACGUGCGUGCUAGGUAAAACCCACGCAGAUGUGGUGCAGAUGUUCCAGUCGGUGUCCGUGAACCAGUACGUGGACAUGGUGUUGUGCCGAGGCUACCCCCUUCCCGAGGACGCCGGCGACGAGGCCGCAGGAGAAGCCGCAGCCGUGCCACCGGCUGACCGGCAGGCGCUUGUACCCGACGGGCGACAGGAGGACGCCCCCGAGCUCACGCUGCUGCAGCCGGAGCUGGUGAGCGUGACUCUGGCGAAAGGGCCGAGCGGAUUCGGGUUCGCCAUCGCCGACUGCCCGCUGGGCCAAAAGGUGAAGAUGAUCCUGGACGCUCAGUGGUGCCGCGGCCUGCUCAAAGGCGACGUGAUUAAAGAGAUCAACCGGAAGAACGUGCAAACGCUCAGCCACACGCAAGUGGUGGACAUCCUGAAAGAGCUGCCCCUCGGCUCCGAGGUCAACGUGCUCGUGCUCAGAGGAGGUCAGACGUCUCCUGUGAAGUCUCUGAAGCCUAGUGCCACCGCGGUGCCGAUGCCAGCGACCCAGAAACACGAAGCAAACACCAGCACGGACAGUCCGAGUCCUGUCGAGCCGCUCCCCCAGAUGCUUCCCCAGACUCUUCCUCAAGCUCAUCCCCAGUCGCUCUCCCAGAUGCAUCCCCAGACUCUCCCCCAAGCUCCUCCCCAGUCGCUCCCCCAAGCUCCUCCCCAGUCGCUGCCCUUCCCUUCCACCAUGGUACGCUCCAGCUCGCCCAAACCGGACCCAUCCGAACUCUACCUCAAAUCUAAAGCCAUCCUUGACAGCAAGCCUGCCAACACCAAGGAACUGGACGUGUUUAUUAAAAGGAACCAGGAGUCUGGCUUUGGCUUCAGAGUGCUGGGCGGGGAAGGAACAGAUCAUCCUGUGUACAUCGGUGCUAUCGUUCCACUGGGUGCAGCAGAGAAGGAUGGGCGUCUGCGGGCAGGUGACGAGCUCAUGUGUAUCGACGGCGUUCCUGUAAAAGGAAAAUCCCACAAGCAGGUCCUGGAGCUGAUGACCAACGCCGCACGCAACGGCCAGGUCAUGCUCACUGUGCGCAGGAAGCUCAUCUACACAGAAGGAAGAGAGGAUGAUGGUGGACAGUGCCAGGCAACUCCCCCUCAGCUUAACGGUUCUCCCAGACCUCCUCAUGCAGACGCUCCUGCUCAGUCCCAGCCGGAGCCGUACGAAGUCACGCUGCAGCGCAAAGACAACGAGGGCUUCGGCUUCGUUAUCCUCACCUCGAAGAACAGACCACCACCAGGAGUAAUUCCUCAUAAGAUCGGACGGAUCAUCAAGGGCAGCCCCACAGAACGCUCCGGAAAGCUUAAAGUGGGUGACCGCAUCUCAGCCGUAAACGGACAGUGCAUCGUGGAGCUCUCGCACAACGACAUAGUUCAGCUGAUUAAGCAGGCCGGCAACACCGUCACCCUCACCGUGCUUCCUGAAGAAGAGCACAGCGGCCCUCCGUCAGCCACCAGUUCAGCCAAGCAAAGCCCAGUGGUUCAGCACAAAGCCAUGGGACAGCAGCCUGCCAGUCGUGAUGACGGUAACGGCCCCGACACGGAGGAGAGAGAAGACGGUGUGGCCUGGGGUAAUUACAAAUCCCUCCCCAAGAAUGAGACUGGCACCAUGAUCACCUCAGGCCCCAAGCAGGGCUGUUUCAUGGUGGAGCUGGAGAGAGGGCCACGUGGCUUUGGCUUUAGUUUACGUGGAGGGAAGGAGUACAAUAUGGGCCUGUUCAUCCUGAGACUGGCCGAGGACGGCCCAGCGCUGAAGGACGGCAGAAUACAUGUGGGAGACCAGAUAGUAGAGAUCAAUGGCGAGCCAACCCAAGGCAUCACACACACACGGGCUAUCGAGCUCAUCCAAGCAGGAGGCACGAAGGUGUUGCUGCUGCUGCGGCCGGGCCAAGGCCUGAUUCCUGACCACAAUGUUAUGGAGAUGGUGACAACUCCACCUGCAAACUAUCCAAAGUACCCUGUACCUGAUGAUCCAUCAGUGAUAACAUCUUUGCCCUCUGCUUCUCUCCUGCCCUCUGAGGGCACGUCAGCCCCUUCUCCCUCCCGCGGUCUCAAUCAUCAACCCAGAGAACCCAGGACAAGCAAUUCCAGCGUGUCUUUCCGCGACAACACUCCUAGCCCCCAGAAAUUGGACACUUCACGCGCAGAGGGGAAAGAGCGUUCACAUAGCCCGAGGAAAAGGGAAAAGAACCCUUCUAUUUCUGUGAAAAACAAAAAUGUCGAUGCCAGCACUCAGAGUCUGGAUGUAUACGUGGACAGGAAAGCCCAGGGGCAAAAGGACAGAGGUGGACGCUCAGCAAGCCCUAGAAAGAGUUCCAGAAAGGAACAAGAGACUGGCACCAGACAGCCAUUGAAGGGACAUGAGGAACCACAGAGGUAUUUUGAUGGGCAUUUUAAUUAUGGAUCUGGAGGGAACCUAUACCGGGAGGAAGACAUCGACGUCCAACAGGACAAGGAGACAGGAGAGACGAGGCCCGAGAUCACGAGAUCAGAUAACGAACGGCGUCACAGGGAGAAGGGGGUUGAGAGAGAAGCAGUACCUCAGAGGUCCAGAUCCCAGAUCCUCAAUGACAGGGCCAUGCCAGAGGAUCAGCCUACAACCCUGAACCGUAGAGCCCAUCGAGAACCCAAAGAGAGCAGGCACAGAGGGGGAACAGGCGAGGAGAGCAAAAGGGAUACGAGGGGAUCUAGCAGUGUCCCACCAGAGACUUCCUGGAAUGAGAACCCCUGCAACAAGAAGGCUCCCAUCACCCCUGGUCCAUGGAAGGUCCCCAGCUCUGCUAAGAUGCAGUCUCAGGUGGAGGGGCUUUGAUGUUUGGUGGAGUUCAUCAGAAAUGCCAGGACACUCACUGAUGGUUACUCUGAAUCACUGUGUAAUUGAUGCAUAUUUUUUACGCGACUUGUACAGCAUACUGUAUCUUCACGGACUCUGAGACGAUGCAUUCAUGUUCAUGGUAUUCCGUGUUUUCAGUAUCCAUGUCCUCCUGUCUGGGUUGGUGUGUUUGUUCCACCAACAGUGACACCGGUCAGGCUUGUAUUGUGCCAAUCAGAGACUCCUGCUGGAAAGACUUGACACGACUCCUGUGAGGCGCGACCGUCGAAUGCUCUGUUUUCCGGAAUUGUGAAGGAGUAUUUUUAUUUCUUUUGUGUUGGUUUUUAUUUCAGAUUCAAUGUGUAUAGUCUUGUACCUUGUUUGAAAUGCAGUGUGUCCUUAAUGCAUCUGUGAAGUUUGUUUCGUCAUCGCAUGUAUAAUUCAACCAAACAAUGCUAAUCAUGUAAAACCAUGAAUGAAAGCCAGCGUUGGCUUUGAUUCAUUGUUGGCUGCGUUAGUGUUGCCUGAUUGCGCUUUAAGUCAGUAUGUGUGAUCCGAGUGCACAUAUAUUAUUUAAGCGUAACAUUACAGUUAUCAGCUUUGCAGUGUAUUUUAGAUCAUUUAAAAAAAGAAAAAAAAGAAAAGAAAACAUGGUUCCUCCUUUAACUGACCAGAAACUUGUGCUUAAGUAUAUUGUUUACUACAUGUGAGCUUAUGAAGAACACUAUGUAAUUUAUUGAAAUGGAAAAGAAAUUGCAAAUAUCAUAAUAUUUCUGUAAUCAUGUCUAAAUAUUGUGCUCCAGAUCCUAAAGAGCUUGAUUCAUCCUUCCCUGCUUUAGGGUUGCUGACUCAGUACACUACAUGCUUUAGGGUAUGUAUUGUUCACAUGGCUGUAGCUUUUACAAUUAUGCAUUGCGUAUCAUAUAGCAAGGUGUGUACACUGGGGUUAAAACUAAAUAAAUGAACUUAAUACUUGGUCAUAUCAUUAAGAUUAAAUGAAGGUAAAAUGGGGAUGUCUGAGGUAAAGCGGGGUAAAUCAUAUUUUUUCAUACAGUCCAACAUAUAUUUUGUCUUAUUUCUUUAUAUCUUUAAAAAAAAAAAAAAAAAAAAAAAAAAAAAAAAAAAAAAAAAAAAAAAAAUAUAUAUGGAUAAAUUUUUUGGUUACCAGAUAUUAUUAUUGGAGGUAAAUGUAAAGUAAAAUGAGAAUAAUUUCUCUCUAA